AUGGCUUUGCGGCAUGAGAUCCCUGGUCAUGGCGAUGUCAUGGACAUAGGCGGAAGCCGAAUGCAUGAGGAUGUCGGAGAGAGACUCUCCAGAGUCCUCACGGCUGUCUAUGGCCCCAAUGCAAAGCCAACUCUCCCAGAUGAGCUCCUGUAUACUGAUGUGGGACUGCCCAUAUGGAACGAGAUCAUUUUCACCCCUGAGUUCUACCAGACACACGACGAGAUUGCGCUCUUUGAUGCUCACGGCAGCGACAUCGUUGGGCAAGUUCAGCCUGGUGUGACCAUGAUUGAUCUUGGAGUCGGUGACACUCGUAAAGUGGAGCAUUUGUUGGCUGCCUUUGAGAAGGCGCAGCAGAAAGCCACCUACUUGGCUCUCGAUAUCUCCAAGGCCUCGUUGGAGCACAGCGUGGGCUACCUUCUCGAUAAGCAUUCGGCAGCGGAUGCAAAGGUAACUUGUGCAGGGUUGUGGGGAACAUUCCAAGAUGGGCAGGCCUAUGUACAAGGCAUUGAAGGCCAGAGACUGUUUCUCUCGCUGGGUUCAGUGCUUUGCAACGACCCUUGGCCAGAAGCCUUGAGCCAUCUCAAGUACUGGGCCAAGGCGCUCCGGCCAAAUGACUUUCUCCUGGUAGGAAUGGAUGCCCACUUGCUGCCUAACGAUAAGGACAAAAUCUGGGCUGCCUAUCAUUCCAGGGACGAUCUAUACCACCAGUUCUUCCUGAAUGGCUUUGAGCAAGUGAACAAAGCGAUUGGAGAAGAGUGGUUCCAAGAAGAAGAUUGGGACUUCAUGGCACAGCUUGAAGAUGAGCCCACAACUCGGCACCGAUUCUUCUUCCGCGCCAAUAAGGAUGUCACGAUCCACAAGCUUGGACGGACCAUCAAACAGGGUGAAGAGCUAGACUGGUUCGACUCUCACAAGUAUGGAGAGGAGAGCGUUCGACUCAUGUGCCAUAAGGCGGGACUGAGUGUGAUAAGUGUCUGGCAAGCACCAAACUCUGAGUUUCGGCAGUACCUUUUAAAAAUGAAGGGGGGGCAGGACCAAAGAGAUGAUGGGGACAGCGCCGUAUCAGGGCUGAUUUAA